UGGUGACAGUGCCGUGUCGACUUAAACCAAAUAAGAGAAUUUUAGUAAACCACCCUUAUAAUGACACCCAUCAAAACCAGAAUGGGACAAGCCUAGGAGGUCUCUGAGGUUACUGUACCCAUCCCUCCUUCAUCCCCCUCCAGCAUUUUGUUUCUGAAAGGAGUCAACACCAACAGCUCUGACCUGGGCAGCCUUCCUGAGAAAAUGCAGCCAUUUCUGCUCCUGUUGGCCUUUCUUCUGACCCCUGGGGCUGGGACAGCCUUUCCUUUCAGAGGAGAUCAUCGGGGGCCAUGAGGCCAAGCCCCACUCCCGCCCCUACAUGGCCUUUGUUCAGUUUCUGGAUGAGAAGAGUAAGAAGAGGUGUGGCGGCAUCCUAGUGAGAAAGAACUUUGUGCUGACAGCUGCUCACUGCCUGGGAAGCUCCAUAAAUGUCACCUUGGGAGCCCAUAAUAUCAAGGAACAGGAGCAGACCCAGCAGUUUAUCCCUGUGAAAAGAGCCAUCCUGCACCCAGCUUAUACUCCUAAGAACUUCUCCAACGACAUCAUGCUACUGCAGCUGGAGAGAAAGGCCAAGCAGACCACAGCUGUACGGCCCCUCAGGUUACCUAGCAGCAAGGUCCAGGUGAAGCCAGGGCAGGUGUGCAGUGUGGCCGGCUGGGGUCGUGUCUCAAAGGACACUGUAGCAACCACAUUGCAGGAAGUGUUGCUGACAGUGCAGAAGGACUGGGAGUGUGAACGUCUCUUCCAUGGCAAUUACAGCAAAGCCACUGAGAUUUGUGUGGGGGAUCCAAAGAAGACAAAGACCAGUUUCAAGGGGGACUCCGGGGGGCCCCUCGUGUGUAAGGGUGUGGCCCAAGGUAUUGUCUCCCAUGGAAACAAAGAGGGGACACCUCCAGGAGUCUACGUGAAGAUCUCACACUUCCUGCCCUGGAUAAAGAGAACAAUGAAGUGCCUCUAACAGCAGGCAUGAGACUAACCUUCCUCUGGGCCUGACCAUCUCUGGGACAGAGGCAAGAAUCCCCAAGGGGUGGGCGGUCGGGGUUGCAGGAUUGUAAUAAAUGGAUCUCUAGCGUAAA